GAACCGGAGGGAGUGGCUUGCGCGUCGGGGUCCCGCCAGAUGUAGAGGGUUUAAAGUGGAUUUGCGAUGGGGCCAGCUCCUUCCGUAUUAGGUAGCCGGAAAGCAUCCCAAAGAGCGUGCUCCAUCCUCUCCUUCCCGUUUUCUUCUUGAUUUAUGGCGGUUUCUCGUUCUUGAUAUUAUGGCGCCUAAAAGGGAAAAGCCGACUGCGUCGUCGAUUACAGAAAGAAAUGUCACCCACGCAGCAGGGCAAAGCAGGGCAAUGCUUCUACGUCCGGCGAUGAGAAGAUGGUGUGGCGGCGUUUCAUCGGUGUGGGCGGAAAAGGACUGUCCGCUAUCUCGGUUCUCACUCAUGGCAGGUUGCUGUUGGGUCUGCCACUUGUGUCACUCUUGACAUCUAUCGCUUGGGCAUGCCGUUUUGUUGAUCUUGCUGCUGAGUCGCGACAACCGCUUCAGAUUGCUGCUAGAUCGCCAUUAUCGUCUUUGGGUUUGUUGCUGGGCCGUCACUGUCGAGAUCGGCUAUUCAAAUUCCAACCAGCCCGUCCACAGAGAUUGGGUGUUUUGUCAGCUUUGAACAUUAAAUUUCUCAUGGAUGGGGAAGGUGGGCGUUCAAGCUGUUGGGCAUUCUGCAACAUGCCUGAUACUCACGAUUUACUGCCUCAUUUCUGUUUGGUUUGUUGGUGGUCUCACUGCAUAAUAGUGCCAACCAGCCUAUCAAUUCCAUAUAUGUACUUCCGAUUGUUCAAACGACAAAGAUGUGGGAGGAUUUGGGGAUAGACACCGAUGUAGAUGAAGAUGAUGAAGGUCGAGGUUCCGAGAUGCUAUGAUGGAAGAAAGAAGAACAUCGACAAUCCCUUUCUCGUUGGUUGAAUUUCCAAGGUACGACCCCAUGACACAUUGCCUUUCCAGUUCUGUAGCCUGUAGGUUUCUAUGUAUCGUCUCGCUCUCGUUCUCUGUUAGCGUCUGUGUCUAAUCUUUCAUCCAUUGGAAGGGCCUGGUUAGGUCUUUCAAAUGCGACACGUGGUGUGUAUGUUGGAAGCUGUGCGUCCCUUGAAAAGCUAGAACUCCUAAGGGUUCCGAUCUCUCAUCUGUGCGCAUUGGCGCGAUCGUUAAGCUUUCUGAAGGAUGUAUGGUUGUUUGUUGCACAAAAUUGCAGCGGAUAUUUGUCUCCUACACUUUUUUGCAAUGAAAUAUGCUCUCCUUCUGUCAACCAGCUGCAAUAUAGAUUUCUUCGCUGAAGCCUUCCUUCUGUUUUUCUUUAUUCUUUUUUUUUUCUCUCUACAUUCUUAUGUGCCACUAAUUGUAUUAGAUAUAACAUGUUAACGAGUUAGAGUAUAUUCUUUAUCCCUCUAACUCGGCUUGUGAACAUCUCUACUAAUAACUCAUACUUGAAGUCAAAACCAAUUCAGCAUAAGUAGCUUAUCAUCAUCAAACCAUUCAUGUGACACGCACACGCACAUCGAAGCUUGACCACCAAGAACAAUCCAAGAUGCCCGCCCUUCAAAGCUGUUUAUCACCCUUAAACUUGCCCUGUUGAUGUCCAAGAUGCUCAUCUGCCAACCAACAAAUUGUCCAAUUCACUUGAUGUUCUUUAAAGUUUUUAAGGUUGAAUGUUAAGCUUCCUGAAAGACAUUUAUUACGCAUUUAAAGCGGAAGGUAAAAUAUAGGCUGACUUCACCUAAACUGACACAGAACUUCCAGGGUAUAUUUGGGUCUAUAUUUGUUAUUAAAGAUUUCAUAGAAGUUCAAAUUUGAUGAGUAAGUUAUUUGAAGAUUCCAAGGAGUAAUCAUGCAUAAUAAGAACUUAUUUAUUUCGAUAACUAUUAAGUACUGAGAGGAAUUUUACUGGUCAUUCAGAUUCUUCUAAUGAUCUUUGCAUACGUAGUAGCAUAGGCAGCAUUUACUUGUUAUGGAUGUUCAUGGAGGGAAUUUUUUCCUAUUUUUUAUAUGCAACUUUGAACCUAACCUACAUUAUGCAAUUUGGCAACGUUUCAAGCGUGUCUUGAAUAUCAACCAAAUUCUGUUGAUUGAUGAUGAACCACAUCUCAAUCAACUAUCAGGAACAAGAACCCGUUCAGAUUCAGUUGCAUUUGUUUUCAACUUUUUCAAUUCAUGAACCUCUGUUUACAAUGACAAGGUUUUUUUUUAUAUAUAUAUAUUAAAUUGUUUGUUUAAUGUUUAACUUUUUAAUUAAGAAAUCUCUUGUUUUUGUAAUUUUGAAAUCAUAGAUCAAGGUAAACUACGUAUUCUAUUUAUCCAUUUGAUAGAUGAUGCAUUGACUUUGGUCAUGUGACGUUUCCUGUACCAUAGUCGCUUCUAGAUCCAUGUGCAGCUCUGUAAUGGAAGCUCUCUGAUCAUUCGUAGUUAUAUGUUAUUUAUAACAUUGACGGAAGAUGAAGUUGGAAGGAUGCAUGAGAGUUUACCAUUGAUCUUGUUUCAUAAUUCAUUCACAUUAACUCGUGGAUAAUGUUGCUCUUGGUAAGUUUCUGGCUUUGAUUUUGAAAAAAAACUGUUAGUCCAUAAGUUGACGAUGCUCAUUGAAUAGGCCACCAUAAUCCAAUUGAUGCAGCUAGUUGUGUUCGGCCAUAAUAUGUCUUCAAACCAUCGAUUAUGUUGGUGGUUCUAUUUCGAUUGAGACAUUCUAAAAUCAAUAGUAGUGCAACUUCCAUUUCUUUGAUUGUGGUUGCUAUUGCUGUAUUUUGCUUAUCAAUGAUGGGCUUUUGGCCCAGACUGAGUCUUAGAGAUGUGUACAAAAGGGAUUGAAAAUCUGGGUGGUUAAGUUUGCUGGAGACUUACUUAAUCCUUAUUAGGUUUCCUAGCAGAACUUCGUUCAUGAGGUUUGUGCAUACAUAGUAACAUAAACCAGAAGGGAAGAGGGAAUCAUCUGAACUAGUUUGGUUGAGAGCAAGGCUUGUAUUCUUUAGUGAGUUCUUAGUUCACAUUCUGUUCAAAUAUUAGACAUACUCAUGUUGGUCUCUAUAAAAACCUCUCUGGUUCAUGGUCACUAUAUGUUUGGUUUGAUAUCCAUAAUUUGUCUGU